AUGGAAUUCGAGUGGCAGCAUCGUUGCAAAGCUUACCGAUUCGUGGCCUAUUCGGCUGUGGCAUUCUCGACUGUCGCCAUUCUUGGAGUUGCUAUCACCCUGCCUAUGGUGUACAACUACGUGUAUCAUGUUCGACGCACAAUGCACAUAGAACUCAACUUUUGCCGUGCUUCAGCCGGCGAAAUCCGAUCGGAAGUGAACACUUUGAGGCAAAAAGGAAACCGUACUGCACGCCAGGUCGGCUACCUUGUAAAUCAAGAAGUGAAGAGAUAUGAAGACUACGGAUACAAAGAUUGUAGCACCUGUUGUUCAGUAGGCGAGCCUGGCUCGGCAGGAAGGCCAGGAAACCCAGGAAGACCAGGAAAUCCAGGCCCACCUGGAAAGCCUGGUCGAAAAAUAGUUAGGCCAUGCCAUGAAUACACCUCUCCACCGUGUAAGCCAUGCCCAGAUGGACCACCUGGACCUCCUGGCAUUCCUGGUCUUCCAGGACAUCCUGGACAAAAUGGAAAUCCUGGCACACCCGGAUACCCAGGAGAGCAGGGAGGACCUGGAUCCGAGGGACCACCAGGGGCCAGAGAGCCUGGAAUCGAAGGAGCACGUGGAGCUGAUGGUGUACCCGGUAUCGACGGAACGAAAGGAAUUCCAGGCGACAAGGGACCGCCAGGGUCAUCUGGAGAGCCUGGAAUCUGCGCCAAGUAUUGUGCUAUUGACGGUGGAGUCUUUUUCGAAGAUGGAACUCGUCGUUGA